UGCGCCAAAUGUGUUUUCUUUGUAAUAUGGGUGUUAGCCGAAUGUAAAAAAACGAAGAAACAUUUGUACUUACAUUAUAUUUAUUAGUUUCUAAUGAUAUUACAGGGAUUUAAUAACAUUAUUUUUAAGCAGAACUGGAUAUAGGAUAUUUGUUUUUUUACGGGAAAAAUAAUAAUAAUACAACUUUUCACUGACAUGCCAUUUUGUAUCAAUAUUUUUUUUUUUUUAAUAAAAUUGGAAAUUCAUGUAUUUUCCGGUCCGCUGUGUUUUUCCGAUCCGAGCCAGUCCGAAUGUGAACUUCCGGAACGAUCAGCUUCUAUCUGACGAACAUGGCUGCCUCGUGGGUGCUCAGGAGAUGGUGCUCCACCUCUGUAGCAGAAGCAGGAGCAGCACCCGUCAAUGGCACCCGAUGGGAGAGGUUGAAGAAUAGCAAAUUGGGUGUGUGGUUUAGCGGCAUGUCCAGAGACUACAAGGAGGCGUGUCGUGAGAUUGUGGUGGGCGCGUGGGAGAGGCCAAUCAAAGCUUCCAUCUACCUGAGCCUUCUGGGUGGAGCUGGCACCUGCAUCUACACAAACCCUGACGGCGCCUCCUUCGAGACCACCGUCCUGGAUACAGCCAAUCAGCUCGGGCUCCUGACGCCGUGGAUACGCAGUGGAACAUCGGAUGGGCACGUGCAGAAGCUGGCGAAGCUUCGUAACGAGGGAAGGUUACGUCACCUCAGCCUGGGAGUGGUCUCACUCACCUACUUCGCCGAUUAUAACCCGGACGCCAGUCUUUACGAGGCCCAGUGCUCCAACCUCUCUAUCCCCUGGAGGGAGCUCCACACGCGGGUACUGGACGUUGGCUUCGCAGGUCGCUGGUGGAUCCUGGACCAUAAGAUGAAGGACUAUGAUGUGAACGAUGAAGAGUUCAAGCAGCUGCCGCCUGCUAUGGCCGCCACAGUGCCCCCUGGUGUCCAGGGGGUGGAGAAUAACGAAAGGCUGCACAAAGAGUCAUGGAUGCCUCUGAAGACGGAGAAGAAUGAGGAGAAGGAAAAGGUAUCGGCAGCCGUAGAGGAGGAGGGGGGCAUUGUAGAACAGAUAAAGAUGGACAGUUUACAUCUUGUAGAACCAAUAAAAAUAAAGACAGGCAUUGUAGCUCAACCACAGGAGAUAGCUGACCCAGAACCACAGGAGCUGAUGCUGACAGAGACGGAGACACAGGAGUAGCAGACACAAGCUCAAGCAAAGGCCUAAUGUGUCAUGGACCAAUGGACUCACACUAGCAGGACAAUGACUGCUGGACACAUAAUGAGAUGGCUGAACAAGAAUCUCUGAAAGGACAUAUUUAUUGGAUGUUGACAAGAUGGUAUAUGUGUAUAAGAGUACCUUCUGCACUGUUUAACGUGUUAUAUAGCGCCCAAGCCUAUUAACACUCUGGACUAUAGCUACACAUGACAUGAUGUUAAAGGGUCUCCUUUAGAGAAUAUAUUACUGUUAACAGUUUAUUAAUGAUACUUAUUUGGUAUGUAGUGCUCUAUACUGAGAUAUGAUAAUUGAUGCCAUGGUCAGCAACCAAGAUUCUCUAAACAGCCAUUACAAACUUCAAAUAACUUGAUAUUCUCUGGCCCUUUUGAAUUAGUUUUAGCCAGUAGUUCUGAAAGUAGAGCUCACAAGCUAAAAGUGGUCGCCGGAAAUGGCGUACUACGUCACAUGUCCACCAUGUCAUUGCUCUCGCUCUGCUGUGUGCAUCUUGUUAGCUGUCAAUAAAAUAGUGAGGGGCUGAAGCUCAUUAGCUAGAACUAGAAUUGUUAGGGGGCUGGCCCAUGUGGGGGAAACUAGGAAAAUGGCGGAGCACAGCUUCCAGGAAAACAGUUGCUUUCAAACUAGGGAUUUCGUGGUUAAUUGAGGUGAAACAGUAAUUCUGCUCAUAGAUUAUGCCUGUAUGAACUACACAUUGACACAUCCAGCCCAAAGCAGUAGGUUUAAAAGAUACUUAAAGUCGCCAAAGUUCCGGAGCACGUCUUUAACAAUACAAUAAACAUUCUCUAAAUGGUCUGGAUUUAUCAUUUAUGAAUUAUUGUCAAAUUAAAGUACUAUUGGAAUGAA